CGUGUUUGUAAAUUCUUUUUUUUAAUGUGUAUAAAAUGGAUUCGUUCAUGGAAUAUUAUUUUGACGGAGUGUUCAGUAAUUUGGAUCGCGACUGUUUGAAUGAGAGGUUCAAACGGCGGGAAUUGGUCGAGUAUUUCAAUACUGUCAUUGCUGGCUGUGCUAGAGGUCAAAAUCACUCGGACAACACAUCAUGCAAGAACUUCGUGAUAUCAGCAUUACGCUACCACAACAAUUGUAAGGCAAAGAACGGAGAUGUGUGCCUUAUGGGGAAGUACCAUAACCUUCUAUACGUCGCCAUGAAGCUGGCUUUUGAUUGGAGCUUGCAGGACAAUGGUGUGGUUGCCGCAUUAUUAGAUGAGCUGUACGCUUGCGAGAGGACUUUUGAAAGGAUAUUUUUGGGUGCAAUUUUCGGCACAUCAGCCCCCUACUUCUUAGCUGGUUGGAAAUCUGACUUCAUGGACAAAGAAGAAAACGUUCACGCUCUAGUUUUCUUUCUAGAUCAUGCAACUAACGCUAACCUUGAAUAUGAAGAAAAUGGAAAAACCUAUCGGUUUAUUGACGUGCCUUUGGAAAGUUGUGGACAUGCUUCCCCAGUAAGAGUUGUCAUACAAAUGGGAGCAUCAGAAAUGCUGAUGAUACUUCUAAGAUUUGGAGCCAGGAUAACAUCAGAUGUGGUCUCAACUAAUCCUAUUGAAUCCAUCUUGGAUCGACUCAAUGAGUAUAACAGAAAAUAUCCGUAUGAACUAGUAUCUUGUCUGAAAUUGGCUAUGAGAGCUGUUCCAACCAUCACUUUGUCAGUAGACAAAGAAGUAUUAAAGCACUUGGAACUGCCUGAUGACUACAAUUACCAAAGAAAAUUGAUGUUGGAGAAAUAUGGAGAUAUUUUGAGUGAUCACUUGGUACCAGCUUCCAGAUGUGGACUAAAACCAGUUGAGUUGAAGCAUUUAUCGAGGUGUAAGAUCAGGCAAAUCUUAUGGAGCAACUUUGAACUCCCGUUCGGAAUACAGAAGCUACCUAUUCCAAUAUCUUUGAAACGAUAUUUAGAUUUGUGUGAAGAUUAAAAUGUUUUAUUUGAU